GAGAGCGGGUUUUUAACGCGUCUCUGUCUCCAUGCGCUGCCAGAAGUGUGUACGUAAUUACGUGUCAUAUUCCUGCGGUCCGUUCAGCGGCGCAGUUUCCGUUCAUUCGACUCUUCAGCACCGGUGUGACAGUCAUGAGCUCCCGGGACUGGACUCUGCGUCUGAUCACUACUGCCCUCUUCAUACACGUCUCUCUACAGGGGGAGCACCAGCGACGGUUGUACAAAGACUUAAUGAGAAACUACAAUCCUCUCGAACGCCCUGUUUAUAAUGAUUCACACUCGCUCACCGUUCACUUCAGCUUCAGUUUGAUGCAGAUCAUGGACGUGGAUGAGAAGAACCAAGUUCUGACAACAAACAUCUGGCUUCAACUGUAUUGGAGCGACUACUAUCUGCGGUGGAACACCAGCGAUUAUCCCGGCGUGACCACCGUCAGAUUCCCAGAUUCUCUCAUCUGGAAGCCAGACAUACUGCUGUAUAACAGUGCCGACGAAAGAUUUGAUGCCACUUUUCACACCAACGUGCUUGUCAACUCAUCUGGGCACUGCCAGUACCUUCCACCAGGUAUCUUUAAGAGCACAUGCUACAUUGACGUGCGCUGGUUCCCGUUUGACGUUCAGAGGUGUGAUCUGAAGUUCGGCUCGUGGACGUACGGCGGAUGGUCUCUCGAUCUGCAAAUGAUGGAGGCGGAUAUUACCGGAUACAUCGCUAAUGGUGAAUGGGACUUGGUCGAGGUUCCAGGCAGAAGGAAUGAGAAGUUUUAUGACUGCUGUAAGGAGCCGUACCCUGACGUGACUUUUACCGUGGUGAUGAGGAGGAGAACACUGUAUUACGGGUUAAAUCUUCUCAUCCCGUGUGUUCUCAUCUCAACUCUCGCCCUGCUGGUGUUCCUGCUGCCCGCAGAUUCUGGGGAGAAGAUCUCACUGGGAAUCACUGUAUUGCUGUCACUCACCGUCUUCAUGCUGCUGGUGGCGGAGAUAAUGCCCGCCACGUCUGAUUCAGUGCCUCUGAUUGCACAGUAUUUUGCGACCACCAUGGUGAUUGUGGGUUUGUCAGUUAUCGCUACAGUUCUAGUGUUGCAGUAUCAUUAUCACGACCCUGACGGAGGAAAGAUGCCGAGAUGGACCCGUGUUCUCCUCCUCAACUGGUGCGCCUGGUUCCUCCGUAUGCGACGGCCUGGCGAGGAACGGAUCCGACUCGCGUGCAAUAACAAACAUCCUCGCCGUGGCAGCGUAUCCAGCGUAGAGCUCUCUGUCAGCCAGGGGGCGCUGCAGCCCACCAACGGCAACAUGCUGUACAUCGGGUUCAGAGGUAUGGAGGGCGUCCACUACACGUCCCCGCACGAUUCGGGUGUGCUCUGUGGGCGACUGAUGGGCUGCAGUCAGGAGGACGUGUUGUUGCCAGGGGCAACGGUGCCAACACUAGGGGGUGGGGCUGGGACUGGGGGCAGGGUUAGUGGAAGCAUUGUGGGCGGAGCUAUGGAACUGGAACUGGCGAAAAUUUUAGAGGAAGUGAAGUACAUUGCAACAAGGUUUCGCAACCAGGACGAAGACGAAAGAUUGUGCAACGAAUGGAAGUUCGCAGCCGCGGUAAUUGAUCGUUUGUGCCUCAUGGCGUUUUCAAUUUUCACAAUCCUUUGCACCAUUGGGAUACUAAUGUCCGCGCCGAACUUUGUGGAAGCAAUCUCUAAAGAUUUCUUCAACUAAAGCAAAAUAACUUAUGGGUAACUUUUUUCUUUUUGUAAAUUGCACAACAACAACAAGCGAGCAGCUGUCAUCUUGCGCCUACAAUGGGAGUGCUCUAUGGCAUACUAAGAAGGGCCGGGUGAUAUACUGUAACGAAUAUUCGCAAUAUAUUCACAAUGAUUUUGAAGGCGAUAUAAAAUUAACCAACAUUGCGAAAAUCAACCCUAAUGCACUAUUUAUUUUGCCAUAAAAUUUCCUAAAGAUUGUGUCACUAGACUAGUUUCACUUUCACGAGUAUCAGCGCGUUAAGAUUGAAAUGUUUAAUAGCGCUGCUGAUUUAAACUUCAGUAGCAAAAAUGUGCGUUUAAUUUUUUUACAUUUUGUUCUGAAGUGUUCAUGGAAGUUCCUGCAGAAUUUUCAUAUUAAAAUAUUUUAAUAAGAUAUAUGCUAUCGUUGUGUAUGCAUCUAUUGCAUCUUAUAGUUUUCUUAUUAUUCUGCUUCUGCUCUUGUAGUCUAUGGUAGCCCACAGAACUGAAUGUAGGAAAAUGGUGAAAUUUGGCACACUGAUAGGGAUGGGCAUGACUAGCCCCCCCAAAAAAUUUGGGGUCUCUAACACAAACCAUCUAGCGCCACCAACAGUUUAAAUUUCACUUACGUUUUGGCUUAUAACUUUUGAACCGUAAGUAUUAGAAAUUUUUUUUUUUAUUUUGGUUUCUUGGGUCAUGGCGAGUCUCAAUAGAUCUAAUCAUUUUUAGACUCCAUCCACUAUGUUUUCCGCCAUUUAUAAUUUUUCGAGAAACCUACUUUUUCAAACUCUUAUACUGUAUGUCUGAUUCACUUGAAAUUUGCCGUAUAUCAUCUAGGCACACUCCUGACAAAAAUUCAUGAAAAGCUUUUUGAUAGACCAAACUGUUCUCGUGUAAUGCAUAAACAAAUGAAAUGGCAAGAUACCAAUAAGGAUCAGAGGCUGUAUCGCAUGGAUGUUUUGCCAUACUGACAUGAAACUUCAAAUGUGGUAUUGUGACCAACACCCCCCCAAAACACAAAAAAAACACAAAAAAAAGCCCAAAAGUGCCACCUAUUGGUCAAAACUUCAUUUGUAUUAGACUGAAAGUCAUUAAACUAAUAUCUUUGCUUAAAAUCAUCACAGGAAUUCUAAAUUCAAUCAAAAUGUUUGCCAUUGGUGUGCUUGACCCCAUAAUUUGCAGCAAGUUUGCAAUUUAUUUAAUGUAUUGUUAUUUUUUAUUCUUUCAUGAAUCAUUUUGAAUCUACUUGGCUACCAAGACUGUCCAGUUGAAAUGAUGGUUCCUCUGACACCCUUUUUUUUUAAGCCAUUUCAGAGCAAAUACUUAAAUAUCAAGAUAAAUGAAAUAUUAUCAAAAGGCUGAAAAAUAUUGAGAUAUACAUUUUUAGCUAUAUCACCCAGCCCUAAUCCUGUAUGUAAAUAUUUAUUGCAGUUGUGUUUACAAUAAAUACAUGUUUCAUAUUUUUUAAACUUUAAAUUGAUUAGCUUGAGCUUGAGUUAUUAAACUCAUGAAUAUUGAGUUGAUGGUUUAAUAACAGCAAUACAGAUAUUAAUUGUCAUAUUUAUUCUAUGUUGGUUCUUUGUGUAACUUUCAGUGUUUUGUGUUUUUAAUAUACAGUGAAGGGCAAAAAAACACUAGUGAAAAUGUUUCUAUUUUGCAAUAUUCUAAUUUAAUAAAAUUGAUUUACCAUGUUAUCCAGCUUGAUUUGAGAAUGUUCCUAAAAACGUCUUGUGUGCUUCAGUGAAAGCAAAGAAAUCUGAACGUUUGUGCAAGUUAACAUGGUUAAUGUCACAGAUUUGCUUACAUUUGGUUAGUCAAAUUGUGGAGAAUAUCACAUAUUUGUUUUUCAUGUUAUGUCAUAGCUUUCCUUUGAUUUAAUUUUUCAAAUUCCCAAAAACGUAACUUUAUUAACAGGGUUAAAUGGUUAAAUAAUAACAGAUUUUUAGUGUGGUCUCAGACUUUUGUUUCCAACAUCCAGCUUUUUUUCGAACUCAGCAUCAUAUUUGAUUAUGCUGACGCUUGCGGUUUAGAUUUGGAACGAGUAAACAUGAGAUUUGCACGCUGAACACUGUAAUUUUGCUCUUUGGUACUAAGUAGCACAUUGUCAUUCCAAUUGUCAUUCCAUCUUCUGGAAAAGCAGUUUUCCAGUUUGCAACUCUGUAUUUUCAGAUUUAUCCCAGUACACACUUUCUUUAUGGUUUUCUAUGCGGAAACGCUCUGGUUUUGUGGACCCUGGACUCAAAUGUAUUUUUCUAUUAAAAUAUUCUGUUUUAUGUGACUAA